AGAUGAACCUGGGGUUGCAGGAUGAUGACGACGGCACCAUCAACGCUCUCUGCAGCCAGAUCAACAACUCCUUCACCAAUCCAGCAGAGGAGAUGUUCCACAACCCCUGCUUCUCUUCAAAUGGCCCUCCAGCCUGCACCGCGCCCCCCGCCCUGCCCCCACCACCGGGGACCCUGCAGGGUAAUCCUUCCUGGGUGCAGCCGGAGCUCCACUCCCCUCCUCCUGUGGCGAUGCAGAUGCAUUGUGGACACCGGCGCACCCCCUCCGAGGCCGAGCGGUGGCUGGAGGAAGUCUCCAAGGCUGUGAAGGCUCAGCAGACCCCUCCCCCAGGCCCCUCCAUCCCCAUCAUCCCCGGACCCCCCUCCAUAUCUGCUGUGUCCACCAUCCCCAUGUCCCUCGGCUCCAUGUCCAAACCUCUGCUCUCGGGCCCCCCUGCUCUCUUAGCUCAGGCACCAAUGCCCCUCCCACCCAUGUCAAUAUCAUCAGUUCCUCUAAUACCCGGCCCUCCAGUAUCUGGUCCCCCUAUGUCUCUCCCUUCCAUGUCCAUCCCCACCAUGUCCGGUCCCAGUAUGUCCGGCGCCUCCAUGCUCCAGCCUUCCCUCUCAGGGCUCCCAGGCUCCCACCCCAGCUCCAUGCAGCCCUUCCCCUUGGCUUUUGACACCACCCCCGCUCCGGUGGGGAUGUUCGGCUCCCAGCCUGUCCAGCCGGCCUUCGUUCCCAUGCAGACGUACAUGCCCGGCCUGGCCAGCUCUAUGACAUAUCCCAACGCCAGUGUGCCUGUGGUGGGCAUCACUCCGUCGCAAAUGGUGGCGAACGUCUUCUGCACGGCAACAGGCUCAUCAGGUGGAGGUGGAGGUUUAUCGAUGGGACUGGGAAUGACCGGGGGGCACCAUUCCUACCCUGGAUUACCGGGGUUUUCCACACCCCCUUUCUCUCCCACCCCUCCGUUAUCAUCAGCCCUUAAUGGCCUCCCGCCGCACAGCAGCUCCUCCAUGGGCCUCCAGAACGGGACGUCCAGCAGCGGGAGCAGCUGGCCUCCAGAGGGCAGCCAGCUGACAGCUCCAGCGCCCCAAGAAGAUGAUCGAUUCGAGGCCAAGUGGGCGGCUCUGGAGGCUAAACCUCCGCAGCCCGGGAACAAAGCACCAGCUGCAGCGGCAAACCCCUUCUCCAACAAUCUUCAGAAGACUUUUGAGAUUGAGCUUUAAGCGAGAGUUGACGUCCCAAAGCUGUAGACCUGAAGUUAGACCUGGAGUUGAAACGGGAUGCAGGUCUUAAAGUUAGCCUAGCAUCCAAUCUGCCCAGCAACCUGCUCAAAGCUCUCAUAGGAGUUAAUGAUAUAAUGAUCUUAAUUGCUUUCUUGACACUCCCAUGAGAGCUUUGAAGACGUUGGCGGUUUGCUGGGCUGUGAUUUGGAGGAUCUAGCUCACAAGACUUGAGGGAUCGAAUCCUCCGCUCCACCCGCUAACCACCUCCCUGCUUUCACUGCUCUACUCCGACUUUACUUUAUUGCUGCAAGUCCCUGGAUACGUGCCCCCCCGCCUGAGGACAUUAUAGAGGGGCACAACUCAGUGGUUUCUUUCUUAAAAAGUGGGAUGCAUUCCAAACUCGUGAGAUAUUUUCUUUCUGGUGGAGAUUUUGAUGUGCAGAGAAGUGAUGCCGAGCACGGAAAGGAUUAGCCAAUGAAGUAAGACCCGACCCUUCCAGCCCCAAAAGGACUUACUGACUAAUAGUAGAGAUUUAUGGCCAAAUUAUUUUAUUUAUUGUACUUCAUUUUUAUUUUAACAAGUUAUAUAUACUUUAAAAAAAUCUAAAUCUUAAAGCAGUGUUUUUUUUUUUAUCCCAUAUAUUUAUUUUAGCUGAGAGGAGGGAAACUACAGGUCGCUUAAAAUGUGUGCAAAGCAUUGUGGGAGUCAUGUGACAGGAACCAAAUAGGAUGAAGCAGUGUGUGUGGUGAGACAGUGAGUGUAUAUAGCGGCAUGUUUCUUCCACCUCACGUAUAUCCGCUCCACUGAGGCCCGAUGAGUCAUUUUGACUAAAGCCUUCCCUCCAGGGUUGCCGGGACAUUAAAAAAAACGACUUCAGGAUAUCACACACACACACACACACACACACACACACACACACACACACACACACACACACACACACACACACACACACACACACACACACACACACGCACACGCACACGCACACGCACACUCUGGACAAUACAGCACAGACUUCAUCUUCUCCAGAAAGGAACUUUAACAUCUCAGUGGAAACACAAAAAAACCGAUGCACUACUUUACAGGAUUCAUACUCCUUUUGAUAUGUAUUGAUAAAACACAGGGUAUAGUCUCAUCACGUUCAAUAUGAUUGUGUAUUCACCUCUGCUGCGUCACUGUUGCAUUAGUAUUGCACUCAUUACAGAGUUUGGGAUUGAUGAGAAGAGGUAAUAAGAUAAGAGGAACAUGAGCGGAGGCUUGGCAAAUGACAGAUGUUUUGGAUGUGGGAUUAUUGAAGACAUUUGAUUGAGUGAGUAACAGAAAGAAUAAAUUGUUUGAGGUAAAAAAAAAAAAAAGGAAAGCCUGUAUGUGAGCGAUUGAAGGAGAGAAUGGAGUCAUAACGUUUGAACAAAUUGAGAUGGGGGAAGUCUGAAGAAAGAAAAAUGGGAUACGAUAUGAAAAAAGAGUGAGAAAGAGCGUGUGAAAAUAUUGAGAACAAAGAAACAUUCAUCACACAACCCACGCACUGUCUGCUGUUUCUACAGCCUUGUCUCAAAGCCAAGCCAAAUCUGUGUUCCUCAGCUC